GAUAACGCGCAAAGUACCACGAUUGUCUUCGUCCUUGCACCAGUAAUAAUGCAGUGAACAAUAAAUAUCAAUAUUAUCAGUCGUGUUGUUAACAAAGUGCUAAAGAUGUCCAGUGAAAAGAAAAUCGAGGACACUCCCCCGGAGCCGAUGACCGACGACGAAGAAUCAAAAUUGAGAACGACGACGAAGGCGAUCUACAACGUGAUGUUCCUGCCAGUGCUGCUGUCGGUGAUAGCAGUGGUGGUGCUGCAUUACUACGACACCCUGAUCGAGACGCAGAUCUCCCUGGCGAUAAACGAGUCCAAGCCGCUGUACUGGUUGUACAUGAAGAAGGGCGACGAUGCGCACCUGAAGCACGUCAUCAACGUCCUGGAGAAGUUGGGCUACCGUCGAGGGACAAACGAGUCCGACUGGGACCUGCUGUGGGCGCACGACUACCCCUUCCAGGCCUUCCCGCAGCUGAGGAAGGUGAGGCCCCACCAGAGGGUGAACCACCUGCCGGCCUGCGGCUUCUUCACGAACAAAGUUGACCUGUCGAUCACCGAGAGCAGGUUCCUCCCGGCGGCGUUCAGAGUCCCAGAGGAUCGGGAGGACCUCCUCGACUUCGUGAAGAAACACCCGGAGAAGAGGUUCGUGCAGAAGUCCAAUGCCCAUCGGGGGAUUCGGAUUAAAAAAUUCGAGGAAUUCGACUUCGACAAGGGGGAGACGUUCAUCCAGGAGUUCGUGGAGAAGCCGUACCUCGUCGACGGUUUCAAAUUCGACAUGGGGGUCUACACGGUCGUCACCUCGGUGGAUCCUCUGAGGGUCUACACGUACAAGGGAGACGUCCUCUUUCGGUUCUGCCCCCACGAGUACCAUCCCUUCGACCCAGAGGACACCAAGAAGUACGUCGUCGAUGACGAUUACCUUCCCAUCUGGCAGGUGCCCUCCUUGAGGAAGUACUACGAGGAUCUGGGGUUCUCCAUGAAGGAGACCUUCGAUGCCUACGUCAGGGCCACUGGCAGGGAUCCCAACAUUGUGUGGGAUAACGUCGAUGAGGCCAUCAGGGAUGUACUCGUCAAGAAGGAGAAGGACAUGGCGAGUGUCGUCAAGAACUAUCCUGCCAGGAGGAACUUCUUCGAGCUCGUUCGCUUCGAUUUUAUCAUCGAUGAGGAGAUGAAUGUCUUCUUGAUGGAGGCCAACAUGUCCCCCAACUUGUCCUCAGCACAUUUUCCACCGAAUAGACUGCUCUAUGAACAGGUGCUGUUCAAUCUUUUUGCGCUGGUCGGCGUCGGACAGAGGGUGGACACUCCUUUCAGGAAACCUAGUACUUGGGAAGAACGAAGUUUCGAAGUGGCGGAUAAAAAUUUGGUUGUCCUCCCGGAAGUCUGCACCGCCUGCACGGAUUGCUUCAGAGUUGAGUGUCAACUCUGCAAACAGUGUUUCACCGAGGAGAUGAGAUCAACAUUUGCGCAAUGUUACACCGAGCAUCAGAAUAAGAUGGACUUCAAGCGAGUAUUUCCACCGCCAAUCACAAAAGACAUGAUCUUGAAAGACUACAGCCUCAAGAACCAACUCCUAGUUCGCUGGUACCAGGGGAAAUGUGAGAUGGACGUCUCCUGGUGCAAGUAAAACCAGCAAAAAAAAUCUAUAAAUAUUUAUCAAAUACAAACUCCCUCCCCUAAUCAAUUAAGUUUUCCAUGAUUCAAAGUAUAUUUUAAAUAAAGCCAACAUAAAAAAAUCGUUGCACAUCGUCCUUU